CUGACUGUAAAAUAACUUAAUUCGUUUGCGUACGGUGUACCUAAAAGUAACUGCGUUUAAAAUUGUAUUUUCAAAUCUGAAAAUGAUGAUUAAUAAGUCUAAAUUUUCCAAAAGUCUUACAAUUUUCUUAGUGUAUAAUAUCAUAAUAAUUUUAACCGUAACAUGUAAUUAUAUACUUGAAGCUAAAACGGAAGGCGGAAAUGGUGAAAGUGAUGUUGCUGAAGGAGUUUCGAAAACUACAAACAAUGAGAAUGAUCUUAAUUCUAAGCUAGAGGAUAUUAAAAUUAAAGAAAAAUUCAUCGAAAUACAUGAAACUACUGAAUUUGUAGAAUCCUUACAAGACGGAAUAAGAGAAGCAAAAAUAUCCGUUUCUUCAGAUGUCUCUCGUCCAUUGUGUCAUAGCGAUUUUAUGAGCGUUACAGACACUGAGUUUAAAAGUUGGUUUGAUUCUAAUAAAUCUCCAGCUCGCCAUCAUAAAGAAUUUCAUUUUGUAGAAUACGCUCCAUAUGUAUUCCGUCAUUUCAGAUUAUUAUUCGGCAUUAAUACACAGGAUUAUCUUACAUCGUUUUGUGCAUUUCCACUUCGUGAAAUGACCAACCCGGGUGCAAGUGGAUCAAAAAUGUUCAUCACAAUGAAUGGUAAAUUUAUCUUAAAAUCUUUAAAGGACAGCGAAGGUGAUUUUUUUCGAGAAAUACUUCCUUUUUACAUGACACAUUUAAAGAAAAAUCCGGGAUCUUUGUUGCCGAAAUUUUUCGGUUUUUAUGGUUUUGUCAGUGGUUUAAAUCGAAUGCAAUUUAUAUCUAUGAACAAUUUACUACCUCGUAACAUACAAAUGCACCUUAAGUAUGACCUGAAAGGUUCAUCAUACAGAAGAACAGCUACCCCUGAGGAACGAAAACAAAAAUCACCUACAUAUAAAGAUAACGACUUUAGACAAAAAAUGGCUGGUAAUUUGUAUUUGAUGAAAAAUACUCUCUCAGAUGUUCUCAGAAUUAUAGAAAAAGAUGCUAAUUUUCUACAAAGGAAUAAUAUAAUGGAUUACAGUAUGUUAUUGGGCAUUUAUAACAUCACUCAAGAUACUACACCAGAUUCUACUAUUUCACUGGCAGCUGAAGCCAGGUGGACGCGUUUGAUGAAUGAUUCAAUAGAAAUAGAAGAUAUUCAUGCAGACACUGCCAAUUUUGAGUAUGAAAAGUCUUGUCCUUUUUUAAGAGGUAGUAUACCUGCUGAAAAUGAAAAAGGUGAAAAACUGUUUCUAUUUGUUGGAAUUAUUGACGUACUACAAGAUUUUCGAAUAAUAAAAUUUAUAGAGUAUGGAGUGAAAACCAUUGUACAAGGUUCAGAUAUUUCUGUACAACCUCCCGAUAAAUAUGCCCCUAGAUUUGUGGAUUUUUUGAGAAACUCUGUGUUAAUGCCAAAGUUGUCUCCUGAAGAACUUGAAUUAUCUAAGAAAAACGCUGAAUCAGUGCUGGGUAAACGACCUUAUAAUGACAGUGAUAACACCCAUAAUCUGUGCAUAGGCUGUUUUAAAGCUAAGAAAGCAUCAGCGGAUAUCGAAGACACUGAUAAUGUUUAAUACUAUUGUACGGUAUUGUACUAACAAUCGUAAAUCUGACAUUUAGGAGCACUUGUCAGAGUGCAAUAUUAAUUUAUUUUUUAUUUUCUGUUUUAAAUUCCACAAGCAACGUAAUUUUGAGAGUCAAAAAUAAAUUUCACGACUCUUAAAAUGUUAAGAAAUAUAGUAUACGAAACUGUAUGGUCCGUUUGACGAUAUUUGUUCUUGAUUUAUGUUACUGUUAUUUGAUCGAUUUCCAUGUAUACCUACCUAUAUUAAUAUACGUAUAUGUGUAUAUUUACUUA